GGGAAGAGCCGGGAGGUGACUGUCUUCCGCUGUUGCAGUCAUGGCGGACGAAGAGGAAGACCCACCCUUUGAAGAAGAUACCGAGGAGGCUGGUGGAGGCUCAGAUGGUGCACAGGGCAAAAGGAAACGGUUGUUCUCCAAAGAAUUGAGAUGCAUGAUGUAUGGCUUUGGAGAUGACCAGAAUCCUUACACUGAGUCUGUGGAUAUUCUUGAAGAUCUGGUCAUUGAAUUCAUCACAGAAAUGACCCACAAAGCGAUGUCAAUUGGACGGCAAGGACGAGUACAGGUUGAAGAUAUUGUCUUUUUGAUUCGUAAAGACCCACGGAAGUUUGCUCGUGUGAAAGACUUGUUGACCAUGAAUGAAGAACUGAAACGGGCAAGAAAAGCAUUUGAUGAAGCAAAUUAUGGCUCCUGAUGCCUUUUGUGUGGCAGAUCUGUGGUGCUUGGAGAAGGACGAAUUUUUAUGAUGCUUUACACUGUACUUUAAGCCAGCUUGCUUCGUGUGAACCACAAGCCUACCAACAAAAACUGCUUUAGUUAACAUUAUUUGUUCAUUCAGUUGUGCCAAGAAUUCUUUUGAAUAAUUUUGUAUGUGUAUAUAAUAUAAAAUGCGUUGCCCAUUGCAGUACUUUUUCUUUUAAACACAGUGUGCUCCCAUAAUGGCCUCAUACAGUAUUGCUCUUCCAUACAACGGGGUUGUUUCAACUUUCAUUGCAAACUAUAGUUUAUGAGUAUGUGGUGAGCCCUUUCUUCACUGAGUUCAUUAAACCUCUACUAUGAAAACCUGCUAUGUAACAGGUUUCAUACCAACAUUAUUUUAAUGGCUUGAAAGUACAGUUGUUUUUAGUAUGGAGUUGUGCCUCUCCUUUCAACAGUUCUAGAACAAAUGUAGAAUAAGUCACUUUCAUGCUUAGUAAGAGAAUUCUACUCUCUAGAGGUACAUCUUCCAAGGAAAUGUAUAACUUUCUGUAUGAAAGAUGAGAAGUGCUAUACCUAGCUAUACCUACCCC